AUGACUUCCAGCAGCGGGACGGGGACAACGUCCAACGCCAAUUCCAGUCCUGGGUCUGACUCAAGCCGGAUCACCGAAGCGAACCGGUCAGCCGCGACCCAGCAAGAAUUCAACGCCUGGCAACAACCCGGGCCAGCAGCCUACGACUUCCGCAGCGACACGAUGACAACACCCACAGCAGCGAUGCUCAAGGCCAUCACACACACAACCCUCCUAGAUGACGUCGUACAGGAAGACCCGACGACCAACUCAUUGGAAGCCGACAUGGCAUCACUAUCAGGCCACGAGGCCGGACUCCUCGUCAUGUCCGGCACGAUGGGCAACCAGGUCGCAUUGCGAACACACCUUGCCAUCUCCGGUGGUCCUCCUCAUUCCGUCCUAUGCGACAUCCGCGGCCACAUCUACAACUACGAGGCGGGCGGCGUGUCCGCGAUUUCAGGAGCGCAACUGAUCGCCGUCCGACCAUCCAACGGCCACCACCUAACACUCGAAGAUGUGCAACAACACACCAUCCUCAGCGACGACGUGCACGCGUGUCCGACGCGCGUGAUAUCUCUCGAAAACACCCUCGACGGCACAAUCAUGCCACUCGAGGAAACGCGCCGAAUCGCGGAGUUCGCACGACAAAACAACAUCCGGCUGCAUCUCGACGGCGCGCGUCUAUGGGAAGCCGUCGCCGCCGACGCAGGCUCAUUGCCCGAGUAUGCGUCUUGCUUCGACAGCGUGAGCAUGUGUUUCUCCAAAGGGCUCGCCGCUCCCAUCGGCAGUGUUGUCGUCGGCUCAAAAUCCUUCAUUGCCCAUGCCCGCCGGAUCCGCAAAAUGCUCGGCGGCGCCACGAGACAAGCCGGCGUUAUUUCCGCCGCUGCAAAAGUCGCUGUGGACGAGGCCUUUGGAAAAGGUCCCCGUGGCCAAGGGGGCAAGUUGCGAGACAGUCAUGCUCGCGCCCGUAAAGUUGCGAACAUGUGGCGCGACAAGGGUGGCAAGCUUGCGAAACCCGUCGAAACGAAUAUGGUCUGGCUUGAUCUCAAGGAUGUCAAUGUCUCAAUCCCCCGUUUUGUCGAAAUUGCUGCCGCCCAGGGUCUCAAGACCAGUGGUGGGAGGUUGGUUGUUCAUUACCAGAUCUGUGAUGAUGCCAUUGAGCGCCUUGGGAGGGUUAUGGAUGAGGUGUUGUCUACUUCUACUACUAAGUAA